GCUGGUGCGCAGUGAAUUCUGGGAAGGACCAAACUGGUGUCGUCAUUUCAGGACAGCUUCUUGAAAAUGGCUCCUGGAUUGAAGACGGAAACUUUGGUUUUCAUAAGAACGCGUUUUGAAAGCAACAGUCAUGAGUUCUCUAGGAACUAAUGCGCUGGAGCUUCUUUUUCUGUAGGACACAGGAAGUUGCAGGUCCACGUGAUUAAGAGCGUCGUUAACCCUUCAGGUGCCAGGUCAUGCAUCUCCCACUGCGGCGGCUUCUUACCACAGUCACCCAUAGGCCGGUGCCGUGCCGGAAGAUGGGAGCAACCGGGGUGACGCCAGGCAAGCUGGCAUCGUACUGGGGGAACGUCUUCCACGAGCACAGGAUCCCCGAACCACACGACUCCAGCCGCAUACUGGUGGCUCAUGCCCUGGGGGCAAAGACUCUCCACAGUGUCGGGUCCCGCGCCGCCCAAUCGCCCCUGUCUGCCGAUCAGCUGCUGCUCGUACAGAACAUGGCCCAAGAACGUCUGAAGAGGGUUCCGGUCCAGUACAUUAUCGGGGAGUGGGACUUCUUAGACAUGACGUUAGAAAUGAGACCCCCGGUGCUUAUCCCGCGGCCUGAGACGGAGGAGCUCGUGGGUCUGGUGGUGGCGGACUGUGAGGAGCUGCGCCAUUCUACCGACGCCUCCAUUCUGGAGGUCGGCUGUGGAUCAGGAGCUGUGUCUUUGGCGUUACUCCGGAGGAUCCCGCAGGUGCACGUGAUCGCCAUAGAUAAAUCCGAAGCGGCGGUGAGUCUGACCCGGGAUAACGCGGAGAGGCUCGGCCUGCAGCACAGAAUACACGUUCUCCAGCACGACCUACUGACCGACCCCGUGGAGCGACUCCAGGACCUGGGACCGGUCUCUGCGGUGGUCAGUAACCCCCCCUAUAUAUUCACAGAGGAUAUGCCUCGGCUGGAACCAGAGGUCCUCAGAUAUGAAGAUCACUCAGCGUUAGACGGGGGUCUCGAUGGGAUGGACGUGAUGAAGGGGAUCCUGAACCUUGCACCACUUCUGCUGAAGGCCCGAGGGGACGUCUUUCUGGAGGGGGAUCCUCGGCAUCCUGAAAUGGUGAAAAAAUGGCUGGAAGACCACCCCGAGGGGCGACUGCAGCUCCUGCAGAUUGUGAAGGAUUUCUGCGGCAAGCCUCGCUUUAUCCAUCUUCGGAGCGGCAGAGACGCAGCAAACGCCACGACAAGUCACAUGACUACCUCCGUAUCUCCGCUCCAUGCUCCCGUUCACUGAGGACACAGGUGCAUCAUGGGAAGAGAUGUGAAGUGAUGUCUGACCCAUAGAUAGAAGAGGCCUCCGGUGAACCCCAGUGUCCCCCCUCCCAGGACCCCUCCCCACAGGACUCUCCAUCUAUCAUAUCUGGUCCUCUGUCUCACAAGUCCAUGCACUGGAGAUCUGUGGCUGUUUAUGAAUAGAAUGCCAGAAGGAAGGUAAAGACUGACACACAGGGAGGACAGUGUGUGGGGGAGGGGCGGUGAUUUAAAGGGGUUCUGCAGUUUUUUUAAACUGAUGAUCUAUCCUCUGGAUAAAUCAUCAGCAUCUGAUCGACGGGGAUCCAACACCCGGGACCCCUG